CCCUCAGAGCGUCGGGCCUCAAACCUGAGGCGGCCGCGACGUCCCGGGACGACGAGGAGGAGGAGGAGGAGGAGGAGGACGACGACGAAGAGGACGACGACGAAGAGGACGAGGAGGAGGAGGAGGGAGUCGGGGGUCCCGGGCCCCCGCCGUCGGGCCCCAUGGAGUUGAUGUUCGCCGAGUGGGAGGACGGGGAGCGGUUCUCGUUCGAAGACUCGGACCGCUUCGAGGAGGACUCGCUGUGCUCCUUCAUCUCCGAGGCCGAGAGCCUCUGCCAGAACUGGCGGGGAUGGCGCAAGCAGUCGGCGGGGCCCAACUCCCCCACGGGACCCGGGGGACCCGGACCCGCCGGAGGGACCGCCGGGGGACCCGAUGGACUGGUGAUCCCCCUGGUGGAGCUGUCAGCCAAGCAGGUGGCGUUCCAUAUCCCGUUUGAGGUGGUCGAGAAAGUUUACCCUCCCGUCCCCGAGCAGCUGCAACUCCGCAUCGCCUUCUGGAGUUUUCCCGAGAAUGAGGAGGACAUCCGGCUGUACUCGUGCCUGGCUAACGGCAGCGCAGAUGAGUUUCAGCGUGGGGAGCAGCUGUUUCGAAUGAGGGCCGUGAAGGACCCACUGCAGAUUGGGUUCCACCUGAGCGCCACAGUGGUGCCUCCGCAAAUGGUGCCUCCCAAAGGUGCCUACAACGUGGCUGUGAUGUUCGACCGUUGCCGAGUCACCUCCUGUAGCUGUACCUGUGGGGCCGGCGCCAAGUGGUGCACUCACGUCGUGGCGCUCUGCCUCUUCCGCAUCCAUAAUGCUUCCGCCGUCUGCCUGCGGGCUCCAGUUUCGGAGUCCUUGUCGCGGCUGCAGAGAGACCAGCUGCAGAAGUUUGCUCAGUACCUGAUCAGUGAACUCCCUCAGCAGAUCCUCCCUACUGCCCAACGUCUCCUGGACGAGCUCCUGUCCUCCCAGUCCACAGCCAUUAACACCGUCUGCGGAGCUCCGGACCCGACGGCGGGCCCUUCUGCCUCCGAUCAGAGCACCUGGUACCUGGACGAGUCCACCCUGAGUGACAACAUCAAGAAGACCCUGCACAAGUUCUGUGGCCCAUCCCCGGUUGUCUUCAGCGACGUGAACUCCAUGUACCUCUCGUCGACGGAGCCGCCGGCGGCGGCCGAGUGGGCCUGCCUGCUGAGGCCCCUCCGCGGCCGAGAGCCCGAGGGCGUCUGGAACCUGCUGUCCAUCGUGCGGGAGAUGUUCAAGAGACGGGACAGCAAUGCUGCCCCCCUGCUGGAGAUCCUCACUGACCAGUGCCUCACCUACGAACAGAUCACCGGUUGGUGGUACAGCGUCCGAACGUCCGCCUCGCACAGCAGCGCCAGCGGGCACACGGGCCGCAGCAACGGCCAGUCGGAAGUGGCCGCCCACGCCUGCGCCAGCAUGUGCGACGAGAUGGUCACGCUGUGGCGGCUGGCCGUGCUCGACCCGACACUCAACCCUCAGCGGCGCCGGGAUCUGUGUGGGCAGCUGCACCAGUGGCAGCUGAAGGUGAUAGAGAACGUGAAACGGGGGCAGCACAAGAAGGCGCCGGAGCGGCUGUUUCCCGGCUUCCGGCCGGCGGUGGAGGCGUGCUACUUCAGCUGGGAGGAGGCCUAUCCGCUGCCCGGAGUGACCUACAGCGGCAGCGACCGGAAGCUGGCCCUGUGCUGGGCCCGGGCCCUGCCGCCCCGUCCCCCUCGCCCGGGGGUCCCCGAGGGGCCGGGGGCCGAGUCCGGCCGGGCCCCCGACGGGGAGCGGCCCCAGGAGCCGGCCGUCCGGCCCAAGGAGCCGGGCGGGAAACGCAAGGGGCCGGCGGACGGCCCCCCGCAGCGCGCUCUGCGCCGCCUCUCCGCCGAAGCGGACAAGGCCGCCCACAAGCCGGGGGCGGGCGGCAGCAAGGCCAAGCUGCCGGGAGCGGGCAAGGGCCAGGGCGGGAGCAAGGGGCCCGGGGCCGGGGGCAAGCGGAGGCUGAGCAGCGAGGACAGUUCCCUGGAGCCGGACCUGGCGGAGAUGAGCCUGGACGACGGCUGCAGCCUGGCGCUGGGGGCGGAGGCCAGCAGCUUCGGAGGCUUCCCGGAUGGCCCCUGCGGGCCUCCAGCCUACCACGGUGGGCCCCCCGACCCCUCCGACGCCUACGAGGAGGAUGGGGGCGUCUACUUCUCCGAGGGACCCGAGCCCCCCGCCCCUCCAAGGCCAGCGGGGGAGCGGCCCGGCGGGGAAGAUGACGCCCCCUCCACGGACGAGAGCGGCGGCCCCAAAGCGGAAGAGGCAGCGGCCCCCGCGGGAGGGGAGGCCCGAGGGGCCGGGGGCCGGGCCGGGGAAGGGGCCGAGGAGGACGACGAUUACCGGGUCUACUACCUGAACCCCCAGGACGGGGGACCCGGAGGGGAAGGGGAGGGGAGGGCCGAGGGGGGAGCCGGCGAGGAGCAGGACCUCUUUGCGGGCCUCAAGCCGCUGGAGCAGGAGAGUCGGAUGGAGGUGCUGUUUGCUUGUGCCGAGGCCCUCCAUGCCCACGGCUACAGCGGCGAAGCCUCGCGCCUCACCGUGGAGCUGGCCCAGGACCUGCUGACCAACCCGCCCGACCUCAAGGUCGAGCCGCCCCCUGCCAAGGGCAAAAAGAACAAGGUGUCCACCAGCCGGCAGACCUGGGUGGCCACCAACACGCUGACCAAAGCUGCGUUCCUACUCACCGUGCUGGGAGAGCGGCCGGAACAUCACAACCUCGCGUUCCGCAUCGGCAUGUUCGCCCUGGAGCUGCAGCGGCCGCCGGCCUCCACCAAGGCCCUGGAGGUGAAGCUGGCCUACCAGGAGUCGGAAGUGGCCGCCCUGCUGAAAAAGAUCCCGCUGGGCGCCAGUGAGAUGAGCACGAUGCGUGGGCGGGCGGAGGAGCUACGGGAAGGGACGCUCUGCGACUACCGGCCUGUUCUGCCGCUCAUGCUGGCCAGCUUCAUCUUCGAUGUGCUCUGCACCCCCGUUGUGUCUCCGACAGGCUCUCGGCCCCCAAGCCGCAACUGGAACAAUGAGAUGCCCGGGGAUGAGGAAUUGGGAUUUGAAGCUGCGGUGGCUGCCCUGGGCAUGAAGACGACGGUCAGCGAGGCCGAGCACCCGCUGCUCUGUGAGGGGACCCGGCGGGAGAAAGGGGACCUGGCGUUGGCGUUGAUGAUCACCUACAAGGAUGAUCAAGCCAAGCUCAAAAAGAUUCUGGAUAAGCUCCUGGACCGGGAGAGCCAGACUCACAAGCCCCAGACCCUGAGCUCCUUCUACUCGUCCAGCCGCCCAACUGCCGGAUCGAGCCAGAAGUCCCCAUCCAAGCACGGAGCCCCGACGGCGGGCGGCGCCCUGCAGCCACUGCCCCCGAGCGCCUCGGCGGGGGCCCAGGCAGGGGGCGUGGCGGGAGCCGGACCGGGACCGGGACCGGGCCCGGGCCCGGGGGAAGGCUUCCCCGAAAAGAACGCACCCGAGAGCUCCCCGCGCUCCCCCUGCGAGGUGCCCCCCGCCGAGGUCACUGUGGUCCCGAAGCCAGAAGGGAAGGUCCCGAGUCGCCUGGCGCUCGGCAGCCGCGGAGGCUACAACGGGCGCGGCUGGGGGUCCCCGGGGCGACCCAAGAAGAAGCACACCGGCAUGGCCAGCAUUGACAGCAGCGCCCCGGAGACCACGUCCGACAGCUCCCCGACUCUGAGCCGGCGGCCCCUGCGGGGCGGCUGGGCCCCGACCUCCUGGGGCCGGGGCCAGGACAGCGACAGCAUCAGCAGCUCCUCCUCCGAUUCGCUGGGCUCCUCGUCCUCCAGCGGCAGCCGCCGCGCCAGUGCCAGCGGAGGAGCUCGGGCCAAGACGGCUGAAGUCAGCAGGUACAAGAGCCGCCGCCCUGAGAGCCACGCCCCCCAUGUUCCCAACCAGCCCUCCGAAGCCGCCGCACACUUCUACUUCGAGUUGGCCAAGACGGUGCUGAUCAAGGCCGGGGGCAACAGCAGCACGUCCAUCUUCACGCACCCCUCGUCCUCGGGGGGCCACCAGGGCCCCCACCGCAACCUGCACCUCUGCGCCUUCGAGAUCGGCCUCUACGCCCUCGGCCUCCACAACUUUGUCUCCCCGAACUGGCUGUCCCGCACCUAUUCUUCCCACGUCUCCUGGAUCACAGGCCAGGCCAUGGAGAUCGGCAGCGCGGCCCUGAACAUCCUGGUGGAAUGCUGGGACGGCCACCUGACCCCCCCCGAAGUCGCCUCCCUAGCCGACCGCGCCUCGCGGGCUCGGGACUCGAACAUGGUGCGGGCCGCCGCCGAGCUAGCCCUCAGCUGCCUGCCUCACGCCCACGCGCUGAACCCCAACGAGAUCCAGAGGGCCCUGGUGCAGUGCAAAGAGCAGGACAACCUGAUGCUGGAGAAAGCUUGCAUGGCUGUGGAGGAGGCAGCCAAGGGAGGGGGCGUGUAUCCCGAGGUGCUGUUCGAAGUGGCCCACCAGUGGUUCUGGCUGUACGAGCAGACGGUGGGCGGCAUGGCCGCCACCCGCGAGGGAGCCACGGGCUGCAGCGCUCCCGGAGCCCGGGGGGCCGGGGAGGCCGCCCGGGGCCUGUCCGAGGGCCGGGGGGCCCCCGUGGUCGAGCCGGUGACGGUGGCGGCCGCCGCGGUGACGGCCGCGGCCACGGUGGUGCCGGUCAUCUCGGUUGGGUCCGGUCUGUAUCCGGGGCCGAGCCUCGGGCACGGCCCCUCCCCCGGCCUGCAUCCCUACACCGCCCUGCAGACCCACCUGCCCUGCAGCGCCCAGUACCUGGGCCACCCCCUUCCCCAUAUGCCACGUCCUGCGGUCUUCCCCGUGCCCAGCUCUGCCUAUCCGCAGGGCGUGCACCCCGCUUUCUUAGGGGCUCAGUACCCCUAUUCGGUGACCCCGCCCUCCCUCACAGCCACGGCCGUGUCUUUUCCCGUGCCCUCCAUCACUCCGAUCGCGGUUCACCCCUACCACGCAGAGUCUGGCCUCCCGCUUCCCGCCAGCGUCACUCUUGGCAGUGUCCACGCCGCCUCCACCUUCCCCGCCAUUCAGGGGGCCUCCCUGCCCCCGCUGACGGCCCAGCCGAGCCCGUUGGUGAGCGGGGGGUUCCCCCCGCCCGAGGAGGAGACCCACAGCCAGCCCGUCAGCCCCCACAGCCUCCACCACCUGCACGCCGCCUACCGCGUCGGAAUGUUGGCGCUGGAGAUGCUGGGCCGGCGGGCACACAACGAUCAUCCCAACAACUUCUCCCGCAGCCCUCCCUACACGGAGGAUGUCAAGUGGCUGCUGGGACUGGCGGCCAAACUGGGAGUCAACUACGUGCACCAGUUCUGUCUGGGGGCAGCCAAGGGGGUGUUGAGCCCGUUCGUCCUGCAGGAGAUCGUCAUGGAGACGCUGCAACGGCUGAACCCGGCCCACGCCCACACCCACCUGCGCACCCCUGCCUUCCACCAGCUGGUUCAGCGCUGCCAACAGGCCUACAUGCAGUACAUCCACCACCGCCUAAUCCACCUGACCCCGGCUGAUUACGACGACUUUGUGAAUGCGAUCCGCAGCGCCCGCAGCGCGUUCUGCCUGACGCCCAUGGGCAUGAUGCAAUUCAAUGACAUCCUGCAGAACCUCAAGCGGAGCAAGCAGACGAAGGAGCUGUGGCAGCGGGUCUCCCUCGAGAUGACCACCUUUUCCCCCUGAACGGGACUGACGUUUCCCCUCCUACCAGGCUCCUCCCGUUCCUCCCCCGCCUCCAGCCCAAACCGCCGGACAUAGACGUUUCUUCCCCCGUUUCCCCCCU